AUGGAAAGACAUCCCAGCAUUUCGCGAUCGUCAACGGUAAUUGCAAGAAAUGCAAUGGGAAAGAUUGUCCAUUCAGGUCAAAGACAGAUGAUAGUGAAUCUGCACAAGGACCUGAAAAAUACAAACCCGGAUAUGCGUUACAUGGACGUUAUCCGGUGUUUGUGCGAAAAGACAGGAAUUGGAACAUCUACCAUUCAGCGAACGCUGUCGCAGUACAGGGCAACGGGGACCGUCACUUCUCCUUGUAAGAAGAAAGUGCGAUUGUCCACCUUAGAGAAGAUGACGAUGGAUCAGAAAGCACUCCUUCGUUUAAAGGUCCACCAAUUCUGGGAACGAAAGGAGCUUCCGACCAUCAAGUCGCUGCUGGCAGUCGUAAAUGCUGAUGGAUGUUUUCCAAAAUUCAGCCGCACGACCUUGUACAGGAUCCUAAAAUUUUUGAAUUUUAGGUACACCGGCCGAGUGAAGAAUUGUGCUGUGCUGGAGCAGCCUUACAUACUGAACUGGAGGGAGAAAUAUAUUCAAACAAUUCGCCAGUAUAGAGAAGAAGGACGACCCAUAUACUAUUUGGAUGAGACAUGGGUAAACACUGGCGAUUGCCGUAAGAAAAUCUGGAGGGAUGUAAAUGUGGUAUCAGUACAAGACGCGAGGCGGCAAGGACUGUCUACUGGUGCACCAGCUCCCACAGGAAGGGGGAAAAGACUUAUCGUGCUGCACAUUGGGUCAGCCGAUGGUUUUUUACCUGGGGGACUGCUGUGUUUUGAGUCGAAGACCAACACAGCAGAUUACCACGACGAAAUGAACGGAGAUACGUUUUUCGAGUGGUUUUGCCGGAUCGAGCCCUUAUUGAAAGAAAAUGCUGUGGUGGUUAUGGACAAUGCGCCAUACCACAGCCGUAAAUUAGAGAUGAGACCGACAUCGACGUGGAGAAAACAACAGUUAAAGGAGUGGCUUAUAUCAAAAGGCCAUCAUGUGCCUGAUACUUGUACCAGGAGCACAUUGCUCCAAAUGGCACGCUCAGUGCAAUCCGAACAAAAAUACGUGGUCGAUGAAUAUGCCAGAGAGCAUAAUAAAACAAUUUUGCGUCUGCCGCCGUACCACUGCGAAUUGAACCCCAUUGAGCUUGCGUGGGCAUCAGUGAAGAAUCACGUGAAAUCCAGGAACACCGAAUAUAAUAUGCCACAAGUCAAACAACUGUUAGUGGAAGGGAUUGAAGGAGUAACAUCGGAGAUGUGGAAAAAUUUAAUUCGCCACACCAUCGGCAUUGAGCAGAAGCUCAUGGAUAUGGACCGCUUCUCCCAAGAUACUCUGGAAAUGCCUACCAUUGGCAGUGAUGUGGAUAUGUCUGAUACUGAUGUUAGCGACUAA